GUUGAAGGGUCGUCGGUUGAAACGCCGGGUGGCGUCUCGUGCUGCUCAUGUCAGUGCACAAGUCGACGGGGAUGGACCACGUGGUUGCCUUUUGCGCGAGCGUGUGGCGCGAGAUGCAAGAGGACGGCCUCGAAGCCUUCCUCUUCCCACGCGCUGCGUACCGCGCCGUGCCACUGUGCGAAGCCAACACAACGGAGCUGCAAACACAUGUGAACGCUCAUCGAUGCGCGGAGGACGCCAUGGACGACGACGGAUUCCGCCUUCCCGAGGACUAUGCCGAGAUCCGUAUUGAGUGGAAGCGACAGCACUACGGCGACCCGGUGUCGCGAUUCGACGCAGACGACGUGACCACUGUCUCGCUGCUCUCGGCGCCACGUGCAUGAGACCGAGGGCAGACAGUACUCUCUAUCUAUGAGCCACCGAGAUGUAAACCACAUCAUAUGCGAUGGACC